CGGGCAGCCGGCACGGCUCAGUACACUGCGUGGCAGCCUGGACCGCAGGCGCCUCCAGUCGAGGACGCGUAGUCGCGUUGGUUGCGUGUCCGCUGCGCGGUUCGCAGGCACGGUGCGCUCGGUGGCGGUACGUGACUGGGAAGAAAAACUUCGGGGACACCUGAGACUAAUCAUCGAGACACCGUGAACAUCGCGACGCGACCCGUAGGUCAAAGGGGAACGAAACACCUGAGGGACGCAGCACUGCUAGCUUGGAGCUGGUAGCACCUGCUAGCAGCUGAUUGCGGUUGACCCAGUGAGUCCAAGGUCCUCGAGCGAUCCCGUACGAACUAAUGGAACUCGAAUGAUUCCGAUGGAUAAGACUCGUCGGUGAAGUUUAGAAAGAUCGCUCGAAGAGUCCCGCUCGAUCGCCGUUUGUCUGGGAUCGUAUGAUGGGUGCUAAACGCUGGCUAGAAUUGACUGAUCACUGGACCGUUCCUGCGGGUGUUUGAUUGCGGGUUCGCGCGCGCGAGUAUAUACUGGUGCUUGAGUGUACCUGUGCUUUCUGUGCGGACGGGGCAAGAUGCGCGUAGAUCCAUGCGAGCCGUCGCUGUGAUCGUGGCGCGCGGCUCGCACACAGUGUUCACGGGGAGGAGAUAGGACUGAGGGACUUAGAGUGCUGGAACUGAAGAAGACGAAGAAGAAGAAGAAGGAGAAGAAGAGGGAUUCAGGGGAACAGAGAGGCGGCUGGAGAGAGUAAUGAUCGUGACGACGGCCGCGCAGACAAAUGAACACCUCGGAACAGCGUUCGGGAUAUUCCAAAGAUGUAAGGAAUGAUCACGUGGGUGAUGGUCGGGCUGCUCCUGGCUGCGGAAACUUGCGGCAGAAACGUACUCUCCGGAAACGGGAACGGGAAGGAGGACACACAGCAGCAGGACGGUCUGAAAGGAGUGACCGGCGACGAGGAGGACAUCUACCGUCUAACGUGCUACACUUGCGUCAACGUCAGCGAUAACCAGAUGUGCAACGAAUGGGCGAUAGACACGCCGUGUCCGGCGGCCGGCCGGGACUUCUGCAGAUCGCUGCACAUUUUGGACAGCAAAGGAAACAGCGUCUUGGUGAGCAAGAGUUGCGCGAGCAGCGAGGAAUGCGGGCCAGCAUCGGUCGGCUGCAUCCCGGUGGACACGCAGCAGGUUUGCAUCAGCUGCUGCGACCUGAGCUACUGCAACAUCGAGUCACCGACGAACGCGACGAACGCGAUCUACUCGCGGAAACGUCGCGCCAAGCCGAAGCCGAAACGCAAACGGCCCGGGAGGAACGGGGUGGGCGGCAGAUCCUACGGGACCGGCGCCCUGUGGCUGCUAGCCUCGCUCUUCUAUGCAUAUCAUUGCUGAGGAACCGGGCGACCCGGCGGAGGGACCGGUUAGAAGACUCCCCGUACAACGCCACGGGGUUCCGUCGAUCGUCCGAGCCCUCCGCGGGCUAGAGGAACAAGCCGCCACGCUGCACCGCGCCGAGCCGCGGCGAACGCGCGCGAGCUUUCCCCAGGGGAAACGAAAACUCUCGAGGCCCCCCCGAGAUAUCCGGCCGACUGACGAUCAGCUACUACGUUUAUCCUACUCGUAAUUUCUCCGUUUUCCAUCUUUAAUCGCCUGUGUACAUUGUCCGUAUCCCAUCGCGCGACCCAGAUACCAGAGACCUCGUGAUCCCCUCACAUAUCUCUUCGAGUAAGAUCCGCGGGAGCCGCUCUCUCAUCCUCGCGGAAUUUCGCGCCUCGCUAACUCUCGUUCUAUCUUCCUUCCUUUCCCUCUCUCUCUUUGUCUGUCCCGUUCCUUCCUCUCCUGUCCUCCUCCGCUGUCUCACUUUCUUUGUUCGUGUCUAGCCACCAGUUCCAAGAUAAAUUGCGAAUCGCCGGCGGACCGUAAUUAUUGCCCGACGGUGAUGUAUUUUAGCGGCGUAAGGUAGCCAAGUUAAGAACCGUCUUGUCUUUCCCGCUCGUUAAUGAGAACCCGACACCCGGCGAAAUCCGCGGAAAUUGAUGAGUUUUUUCGGCGAACCGACGGACCGACGGACGAACGGAGGGUUGGGGGACGCGAGCGUUGAUCGGGGUACCGCCGAAUAAUUCGAGGACCGGUUCAGAAUGUCUCUCCGGUGUGCGUGUGUAUGUGUGUGUGUGUGUGUGCGUGCGAGUGUGUGCGCGCGCGGUGGCUAAAAAGGAAUUGUUCUCGUAGUUGCGUAGAGCGCUCUAUGACUGGUUAAAGUGGUGCUCCGCGGUGUACGUUCGUGAUUCUACCUGUUAAUUGGAUCGAUCGUGGGUAGUCCGCUGAUUUAAACCGCAACGAACAGUAUUAUGGCUUAACGCGGUCACUGCCGAUGACAUCUUACCCGCGACACAUUGAAUUCGCGUUUAGCACCUUGCCGCGUUUAUGUAUAUUGUACGCGCGUUUGCGUUUUGUAAAUAGCGUUAGGAAGCUCGCAGACGGUUACUUUCGUGCGCUCGACGGGCCGACGCCUUGUAAUGAACUACCCGAGCUGAAUGUUGUUAACAACAGCUGCGCAGGAUCAGUCGAUUUGUCGGCGGAGAAUGUGUUAAUUAAGAUUAAUUGCUGAAUACAUUUGUCCCCGGUUAACAGGUUACCGAACGAACACCGGGGAACAGACCGAAUGCGUCUUCUCCUUCCACUGUUUAUCACUGUCUCUGCCUCUCACUUCUUAUCACGAUCUCUCCCUUCUUCUCCCAGCCUUCAUCGACGAAACCAGUGUAAUAGAUGAUGGAAGAGAAGAGGAUGAUAAAUGAUGCUUCGAUGAACGGAUUACAGAGUCGGGAAGAAGAAAGUAAUAAGGAUUGCGACGAACUGCAGGUGAUGAAUGUUGUAACAGGAGUAGGGAAGGGUGAUUAGGAUGAUUAGGGGACAACGAACAAGACGCGCGAGACGCGAAACGGUCCACACGCACCCAACCGAUCCAUUCAGGAUUCCAGUGGCCACCGGAGGCGGCGAUCGAUCGCUAUCCUCCAGGCACUCGUUAACAGAACUGACCGCACGAUUCGCGAAUACUUCGUUCCUCGACGUAGCUCUACCGUUUCUCGUUUCUCUAAUAUAAUAACCAUCGAACCGACUAUCCUUCCUCUCCCAUCGACACGUGAGAUUCGAGAGGGUUCUAGAAUUCGAGAAGUUCGAACUGUAGAUCGUCACACUUUUCUCUGCCUUCGUCUCACCGAUAGAAUCUCCCUAAUCUAUCCCACGUAGUAUACACCUUUUCCAUCACCGUUUUCAUUCUCAAAUUCAAUCGCUCCCAUCGAAUUAAUGUUCGUCACACCUAAACCAUUCGAUCUCCGAGAACCAACAAGAAACACCGUAGGAUUUCUCGACUUUCUACGAACGUUCUUCGCUCGAGCGCGAUCCUGAUCACUUUCCACACCCGCAGCUGGCACAGUUUUAUUGUAACUACUUCCAAUAAAUGUAUCCUAGAUCGUUCAAGUCCUGAAUUACUUUUCUACCUGGUCUAUCGGGGAGGCAGCGAGCGACCGAGGCACUCGAUUCGCCGUUUUCAAUCGGCCCGGUCGAAGAAUGAGCGCUCGCUCGGGAAAACAUUUCCACGGUCUGCCCCGGUUCCCUCUCGUCCCGGGAUUCUCCUUUGCUCAUCCUCGCCGCGAGAGGGUUUGUUCAAUGCCGCGACAACGUUCCGCGGGAGUUCAUCCCUUCGCGACUAUUACUUCGGAGAUACCGCUCGGCUCCACGACACUUCAAAGGAGAGAAGCAGCCGCGCGUACCGGAAGCGACGACGCCUCUCCGCCGAGAUCAAUUUUCCGUUCAGAUUGUGCCAUUUGAGCGGAGCCGGGGAACGGCGCGGGUUCGGUUAUCGCCGAUAACGAGUUUCCACUCGAGGGGAGAAAGUUUUUCCGCGACGGUUCACGGGGACCGCGACGCCUAAUUUCGCGCAGCCCGCGGUAUGCAAAUCGCGAAUUAAUGAUGGCACGCGGCGUGCGCGCGCGCGCGAGCGAGCGAGCGAACGUUGGCUUGAAUUAUCGAUAAACCGGAAUUACACGUACCUAAAUACUGUUUACACACCUACAGUCUCGCCUACUACAGACUAUUUAUUGCUAUUACGAUCACUAACAAUUAUUAUACGUGGAUAAAUAAUUAAACAAAUGAAUGAAUGAAUUAUAUAUAUAUG